AUGACAUCGACAGCGGCAGCAAUUGCGCACAGAUUGAUGCGCCAUACUCGGGCAAUAAUAGUCCAAGCUUCAUCGUGUAAUAAGCUCCACCUGUGUGCACAGGUAAGUGGUUCUGGUACUGCUUCUGUUUUUGUUUGUUAUAUUUGCUGCCAGUCUGAUUGCUACUAUCUACUGUACGUGCUUAUUGUUUGGCUUUGA